CUUUGUGAGGAGUAUGGCAUUAAAGGCAGAUCGACUUCAGUCCCGUUGAUUGUGAACGCUUCCGUUUCGGAUCCUCCCUGUUUACAGCCGGAUAUUUACACACUUUCUGUCACAUUUCUGGAUUUUAUCUCGAUAUGUUUCCGACUUGAUCGUGUUCGUGAACCGAACGAGGUUUAAAGCUGAAGCUACAUAUCUGUCCUUUUGCACUUUAUUGUAGCUUAGCUUAGCUUAGCUUGUUAGCAUCGUCGGAGGUUUAAAUGUCAGACGCGCUUCGUCCUGCUGUUUAUUUCUGUUAGUUUUCAUAUAAAUUCAUUUUCUUUUCUUUUUUAUUUUCCCUUAUUAUUAUUCUUAUUAUUCAGGAAUAAUAACAGAGUAAUUACCACGAUUCUCCUGCUGUUCUUUAUUAUUAUUAUGAUUACUGUCAUUAUUUCACACACGACAUAAAUAUACAGCUGAUGACCAACUAACUGUUACUUAAACCGUAUUUUCUGCGUGUUUACAUUAAUAUCGGUGUAAAUUCGCACGCAUUCGUUUUAUUUCCGUCAUUAAGCUUCUUGAAGGCUGCAGGAAAUCGAGGCACUUGUUUAUUUCUGCUGCUGUUCAUUAUUAUUAUUAUUAAGUGUUAUUCCUCAUUAAGACCUCUUAUAACGUCAAGCUGCUUUCUAAAUGCCUUUCUUUUGUAAACAUUUUUAAUUGACUAUUUUUUCGGACCCUUUCGGAUCUGAUGUUAAACGAUUUGCGACGACAAAUGAAUAAGUAAAUAAAAUAAAACCCGCCCCUGACACCGUGCUGCAAAAAGAAUCAUCCACUUCCUGUAUAACAGCACUAAUGGCAGCUCAAGCACUUCCUGUUCCUCUGUUUCCCAUAAGACCCUGCAGUUUUCUUCUCAUAAACACUCCAAAGAAAUUCCUCCACUAAAGAGGAAUUGUGUCAACACAUCAACCGGCACUUCACAGUGCUGCCCAAUCAGAGUGGCCUGGAAGCCCAGCAUGAGAAUUUUCUCCGUGGCGACCAAACCACAUCCCGCAGCAUCCGUACCGAUCGCAAUCGAGUGAUCAUUGAUGACAAGGACACUAAACGUUCUUCAGAAUCAUUAGAAUGUGUCGUGGAUGCUGACACAUCAACGUUCGUGAAUAGCAGCAUGAGUAUGGCUACAGGAGCUAGCCAGCACAGUCACUACCCAAUCAGCAAAGCAAGUGUUAAUCACUCCUCGAGUAUGUUCUCUAGUCCUAGUGGCCCCAACAGGGGUUGGGUCUCUGAGGGCAAAACCGAUUUGUCCAUGGGUACCAGAGGCCAGUCUAAUUGGGGCUCUUCAAAUAUAAACCUGAACCCCAGCGCUAACCCUGCCGCAUGGCCCAUACUUGGACAUGAGGGGCCUGGGGUGGGGACCAGGCCUGGGGGUAUCGGUGGGUCAAAUUCAGUCUCAUCCAAUGUCUGUGGUCCAGGGGGCAUCGCACCAAUUCAAGGCACCAAUGGAAAUGGAAACCUUGUAGGAGACUGUGCUUGGGGAAAUCCAGACACUCCAGAGCAGCACCAAUCCCCAAAAAGCAUGACUUUCAGCAUGGAGCCCCCAAACCUUAAAACCGAUGGACUGAACACUAAAGCAGAGCCCAUGAGCCCUGUGGAUGGUUGGGGGCGAAAUAUGAGUCAGUCUCCCACUGAGCCAACCACUGGAGAUGGUACUGCUCGGUGGGGUAAAGGAGACACGAAGAGUGGAGAAUCCAAAGACUCUGGCUGGGAUUCUGGUGGCAUCUCCUCUUGGGGGCAGGGGGGAGGUGAUGCAAACUGGGGCCACUGGAACAAACAGUCAGGCACAGAAGGUGCUGGGUGGGAUACAAAUGAUGGUCCCAUUCAAGAGUCAAUGAAUUCCUGGGGGACUGAUGCUCCAGGCAGUGAAGGUAGCAAGGACAGCAAUGAAGGACGUGACGGGCAGCGUGAAAGGUCCUCCAGUAUGGAUGUUCCACUUCUGCCUAGACCGGACCUAGAUCCUCGUGUGCUGUGCAAUUCUGGCUGGGGUCAAACCCCUGUUCUGCAGCACACAGUCUGGGAAAUGGACGAAAAACUUGGGGCCAAGGAUGAUGGUGGCACUGAAGCUUGGGGUACUUCCUCUAAUGCACCUUCAACUGGAUCACCACCUCAAGCAGGAUGUGCCAACACCAAACUAAAUGUGCCUCCUAGGAUGGACUCUGGGAGCAAGUCUGAGGCGCUUUCUCGGGUUAUGUCAACACCACGCUGGGGAGGAUCAUCCUCACCAACAAAUCAGGCAAGCACUGGGUGGGCAGAGCCACCUGCUAAUAAGAAAGUGUCCAAUGGCUCUGUUGGUAGUUGGGGAGAGCCAAUGCCAGAUGGCCCCAGCACCAACAGUUCAGGUGGCCAGUUUUGGGGCUCACAGGACAAAUCUUCAAACUGGGAUGAUGGUCCUUCCCAAGUAAAGUCACAACCUGGAGGAAACGGGCCUAGUUCUUCCUCGGGGUGGGGUAAUUGUGCAAGUGGAGAUUGGGGAGAGCCUUCAGAAGGAAAGAUGGAAGGUUCUCGUAGUUCCUCUUGGGAUGGAGAUGGCGGGAGCUGGAAGGAAUCCCAGAAGGGCUGGGGAAAAGCAGCUCCACUGGGAGGUGAAAACUGUCGUGACUCCCAACACACAAAUGGUCCUGUACAGGGUUGGGGUGGAAAGAGUCCUCAAGAGCCCAUGGGGUCUUGGGGUGGCCCAAAUUCUUUGAAGCCGAGUGGUUCUAGCUGGAGGUCUGCAGGAAGGCAGGAUCCAGGGGAUGAGUCUACAGGCUGGGAAGAACCUUCCCCUUCGUCAAUUCGAAGGAAAAUGGAAAUUGAUGAUGGAACCUCCACUUGGGGAGAUCCAAAUUCCUACAGGGCCUGUGUAAAUAUGUGGGACAGAAAUAACCCCUCCUCCCAGGGCAACCCCAGCAACAACGGAGGUAACAGCAUCAACCAUACAGGUCCAAACCACCAUAGCCACGGUCAGACCCCGAAGCACUCCGAUGGCAACAAUGGUCCAUCUAACCAGCUAGGACCUUCACAAAACAGGAUGCCCAAGAUGAAUCCAGGCUGGGGGGAACUCCCCAACAUUCAGCCCAAAUCUGAGUUCCGCGGAGAACCGGAUUCCUCGAACCCCACAGUGGAUAACGGCACCACAGCAUGGGGGAAGUCGCCCAAAGCUGCUGGAGUCUGGGGAGAAAACAGCCACGAAUCCACUGGAUCCUUUAGCAGAGGCUCAGGAACCUCCAAAGCAGCCCCCAAAUCUAUGCAGGACAGCUGGGGGUCCGGCGGGGAGGAGAUCGGCAUUACCGGCAGCCAGUGGGAUGCUGAGGAUGGGGACAUGUGGACCAGCCCCACCUCCCAGGACAACACUUCUUCCUCUAGUUCUUGGAACCAGCCCAAGAAAGGAGUACAGAAGGGGAAAAUGCCAACCAAACAGGAUGAAGUUUGGAUCAUGAACCGACUGAUUAAACAGCUCACAGACAUGGGCUUCCCUAGGGAUCCUGCAGAGGAGGCACUGAGAAGUAACAACAUGAAUCUAGACCAAGCUAUGAGCGCUCUGCUAGAGAAAAAGAGCGAUGGAGAUAAACGAGGGAUGAGGACGCUGUUGUGUCGCCCCCCUAACCUCUCAAAAGACUUGUCACUGGACCGAAACACCUUUCUAGACAAGGACGGUGGAUUAUCAGAUGACACGCCCACAUCACCCUUUAUUCAUUCUCCUGGCCUCAAACUGACCAAUAGCAGCCUUCCUAGCCAUGGCAUGGGCGGAGUCUCACCAGGACUAAUGCAAAACCUAAACAGUAGACAGAUGAACGGAAUGUUUGGCAGUAAUGGAGCAGCACAAUCCAGGGCUCCACCCCCUCAAGCACUAAACUCCACCCAUCAUCCCCCACUACGUGCUCAAGUGCCUCAGUUUCUCUCCCCUCAGGUUCAAGCGCAGCUCUUACAGUUUGCAGCAAAAAACAUUGGCCUGAAUCCUGCACUUUUAACUUCACCGAUAAACCCUCAGCAGAUGACCCUGCUUUACCAACUCCAACAACUGCAGAUGGCAUAUCAGCGUUUGCAGAUUCAGCAGCAGAUGAUGCAAGCUCAGCGAAAUGUUUCUGGUUCCAUUAGACAACAGGAGCAGCAAGUUGCACGUACAAUCUCCAACAUGCAGCAGCAGAUUCAGCAGCACCAGAGGCAGUUAGCUCAGGCCUUGUUGAUGAAGCAGCAGCAGCACCAGGCCUCGUCCUCUCACUCUUACUCCAGCCUCGGCAAGCCAAACCUGGACACCUUCCCAGGAAACUCCCAGGCUUCGACAGGCCUGUCCCUGUCAGACCUGCACACCAAAGAGCCGCACACGUCUCCGAGCUCCUUCAGCCAGUAUCCUCUGUCUGGAAUGAAUGGGAGUGUAGGUGUGAGCUGCAUGGACGCUCUGAAGGACACUCAGCCUCAGCCUCAGUCUCGUUUGUCCCAGUGGACUCACACCAGCUCCAUCGACUCCAUCAGCACCACCACCAGCCCCAGUGCUCCGUCCUCGAGCCACGCUGCCAACAUUAAACCUGUGAUGGAGGAUUCUUUUAGUGCUUAUAACCUGAUGUCCAGCUGCCAAUCUCCCAGCAGCCCCAUGGGGGCACCAGAGAGCUGGCCACCGGGCAAAAACACUAAUGACAAAAUGGCCAACGGGACAAAUGUCAACUGGCCUCCAGAGUUUUGUCCAGGAGUUCCCUGGAAAGGUCUGCAGAAUAUCGACCCCGAGUCUGACCCCAACGUGACCCCAGGAAGUGUUUCUGGCUGCCCCACUAUCAACACCAACAUUCAGGACGUUAACCGUUACCUGCUCCGGGACAGGAAUGGAGGUAAACUGUUAGACAUGAAGUCCACCUGGUCCACAGGUUCUGUCUCACACACUCAGGCUUCACUGUCUAAUGAGAUGUGGAAGAUCCCUGUGAGUGGGCGGAGCUCUGGAACUGUGCCCCGCCCCCCGCCUGGCCUCACUAAUAACAAACACAACAACAACUGGACACCUGGACCACUGAGCAACAGCUGGAGCAGAGACUACAGCUCAGAGAGCACUGGUUGGACCUCAGAUAGCUCCAGCAGGACCAGUAGCUGGCUGGUGUUGCGUAAUCUCACUCCUCAGAUUGAUGGUUCCACCCUGAGGACACUGUGUAUGCAGCACGGUCCUCUCAUUACGUUCCACCUCAGUCUGCCACAGGGGAACGCGCUGGUGCGCUACAGCUCUAAGGAGGAAGCAGCUAAAGCUCAGAAAUCCCUGCACAUGUGCGUUCUGGGUAACACUACCAUCUUGGCGGAGUUUGCCGGAGAGGAGGAAGUGACUCGUUUUUUCUCUCAGGCUCAGUCGUUCCCACCCUCUGGCAGCUCCUCCCACCCCACCUUGGGGCAAUGGGGCACAUCAACCACCAAGGGAGGUGGUAACCCAGGGGGUGGAUCUAACGGGGCUGGGGCGGAGCUGCUGUGGGGCGGAGUCCAGCAGACGUACUCCAGUUUAUGGGGGCCAAUCAAUGGGGAGGAGAGUCGAGUGAUGGGAAGUCCUGUCCCUGUGAACACGCUGCUCCCUGGAGACCUGCUGAAUGGAGAGAACAUGUAGACCACACAACAACAACAACAACAACAACAACAACAACAUCAACAACAACAACAACAACAACAUCAACAACAAUAUCAACAACAACAUCAACAACAACAUCAACAACAACAACAUCAACAACAACAUCAACAACAACAACAACCAAUCAGUUUAAGGAUAAUCACUUUCCCUGGAUCUGUUUUUUUAUUAGAAGUAGAAAUAAAAAUAUUAGAAGUAGAUUUUUUUAUCGAUGUAACAGAAGUAAUUGUGAACUGACUGGAAAGUUUUGGAGGAGUUUUAUUUGAAGAAAAAGAAGACGAUGAAGAGACGAGGCGGCCAUUUUAAAUCGACACCUCACAGCCGUGCUGUCUCCUCGCCUGCUCCUGCUUUAAUCUCUUUACCUUCUCUGUGAUUUUUUUUUAAACUUAUCAGCCUUAAGUGUCUCAUUUAUAACUUCUUUAAAAAAAAAACAAAAAAAAAAAAAACAAAACUAAAGAACAUUUUAUAACUUCUGUUUCUGAGCCAACGAUUUGGAUGAGGGACAUGAGACGGCCAAUCAGACUCCCUCUGAAUCUUACAAAAAAAAAACAGCCUGAGGUACAUAGACCCCUCUGUGUGGGUGUGGGUGUAUGUGUGUGUGUGUGGGUGUGUGUGUGUGUAUGUGUGUGUGUGCGCAGGCAGUCAACCAAGCAUUCAUGACAAACCACUAUCUGACAGUUUCUCACUGAGAUCCUCGUGUUUUUGUCCUGAGCGGAUUUCAGUGCCGAAUGUCAGAUGUUUAUUAUUUCUGCGCAGGAUCCGAUGAAGAAGAAACUCCGUGUCCGUGUGAUGUGCUGUGCAAUAUAUCCUUCGUCGUCGUCGUCAUCCUCCUCCUCUGCUUCUUCUGAAAAUCUUUUUGUACGUCAGAUCCGUUCUCCAGAGACUCACGGAUCCAUGCACACUUUCUCUCAAACCGGAGAGAUCCGAGAUCACGGCGGGAAAAACCCGUGUUUCAGGCACAACACCAAAACUACGGAUCUUCUCCUAAUGCAGUACAAACCUUUUCUUUGGGGGGUUUAAUAUAAUAUAUGAACUCAUAUGAUAAGCACUUAUAGACGGACGGAGCGAUUAGGUAAUGAGAGAAAAGAAAAAAAAAACAAAGAAAUAAACAAAGCAAAGACUUUUGUUGCUGAAUUUGAGGCGACUUUAAAAAGACAGAAUCUACAAUCAGACUGAAACUCAGCACGUUUUUACUCUCCGUGGUUUUUUUCCAUCUCCUUCUUUCUGGAUUAAAUCAAAAUGAAUGUCGUUAUUAUUCCAAACGUCUUUAUGGCCUUCGCUGCAUCCGGAAAAAGACACCGGAAAAAAACAGGGAUUAUUAUUAUUAUUAUUAUUAUCCGGACCAGUUACCGACUGAGAAGUGGAUCGGAACGCAGCGGUGCGACGGCGUCGUGUGACGUCACGCCGCCAGGAGGUUGUGAUGUCACGGUAGCGUGUGGACGUCCUCGUGAUGAACUUUGUUGGGAUCUUGUGUGAUGUCGGAAUGCUGGUGUGUCACUGUGUGGGAAUGCUUCAGCGUCACAACGCCAGACAUUAGCGUGUGAGGUCACCUGAUGGUGUAACACGUAGUCACGGUGACGGAACCCUGCGCCCGGGCAAUGCACGACAUCACGACCGUGUGUGGAACGCAGCGACGUUACACGACGACCCGGAAUGUCACGUGACGCCUCUGUGUUUCUUCGGAAGCUCCUGUUCCCUUCGCACGCCCCGGUGCAAUCUGGGUAUUCAGUAACGGUGUGUUGCAGUGCAUUGUGGGAUUCCUGCAGAACAGUGCGCUACAUAGCGGAUGGCGAACGAUUUGGACACGGUGCAGCGUGUGAUGUGUUUCUGUCGCUACGACUAAUCAAAGCCAAAUCAUCACCUCACACAUCUCUGUACCUUCAGCAGGAAACCCAGAACAGGAAACACCAACAACAACAACAACAACAACAACAA